AUGAUCAGCCCCAGCAAUCAUGAUUCCAACUGCAAUAAUGGCGUGGCAUACUGGCACAACGGGGCUUGGGUCGGUGGCUCAAGUCAAUGUGUUAGUGGCCAGACCAAUUUCACAGGCUUGAUCAAACAUUUUCGCAAGCCUGCCACCGAGUCUGGUGGCACCGGAAACAUGUGCUAUCCUUUUGACCACGGCAUGGCCCACUUCAUUUCUUUGGACUCUAAGACCGAUCUCGGUAAUGGUAUUGGUCGCCCGGACGAGACAGCCCUACUCAAUUCUGGACCCUUUGGCGCGUACCAGAAUGCGCAGGUGGACUGGUUGGCGAAGAACCUCGCAGCUGUAGACAGAACACGCACCCCAUGGGUCAUCGUUAUGCUCCACCAUGGCUGGACGUCAACUAUCCUGGAGGCUGUACAUCAUGCUAAAAAGCAUUCCAACCUCUCUUCAACCAAUACAACGUCGACCUCGUACUUACCGGCCGCAACCACUUCUACUAACGUAAUUCACCCACCGCUAAUGGUGUUCCCGACCCAAACGAACUCAAUAAUCCCACCGCGCCAUGGCAAAGCGGGCUACACCCUCAACCCACCAUGUUCACGUUUCGUGCAAAACACGCAUUAUGGGUGGAGCAGACUUAGCUUUCACAAUUGCAUACAUUUGACGCACGACUUCGUCGUCAGCGGUGAUGGCAGCGUCUUGGAUACCGCAACAUUGUUUAAGAACCGUACUUGUUCGUUUACGAAUGGUACACCUAAGCCGGCAACACCAAGCCCGACUCGUGAUGAGUGGAAUAGCACCGUCUUUACAACUAAGCAAGGAAGAAACUAUGUGAUCGAAUGCGAACUUGAUCGUGGGUGUAAUGAUCUGAAGAUAGUGUAUGUGAGCAACGAUCGCAUGAAAGCAUGUCUCGAUGCUUGCGACGGUACCGUUAGUUGUAUUGGUGUGUCAAUAAGUGGUACAGCCUGUUAUAUGAAGAAGGUCGUUGGCAAUGGACUGAAGAGGUCUUACGUCAGGGAUGCUAGGCUGAUCUCGUGA